AUGUCUCGGGCUCAAUUUCUCAGAGAGUACAAGCUCGUUGUCGUCGGUGGUGGUGGCGUCGGAAAGUCUGCUUUGACUAUCCAAUUCAUCCAGAGCCAUUUUGUGGAUGAGUAUGAUCCUACAAUUGAGGAUUCGUACCGCAAGCAGUGUGUCAUCGACGACGAAGUGGCGUUACUCGACGUACUUGAUACCGCCGGUCAAGAAGAGUAUGGGGCGAUGCGUGAACAAUACAUGCGUACGGGAGAAGGAUUCCUCUUGGUCUAUUCAAUUACGUCGCGUCCCUCAUUCGAGGAAAUCACGAUCUUCCACCAGCAAAUUUUGCGGGUGAAGGACCAAGAUUCUUUCCCUGUCGUGGUUGUAGCGAACAAGAGCGACUUGGAGUAUGAGCGCCAAGUGGGCAUGAACGAGGGCCGUGAUCUUGCAAAGCACUUCGGCUGCAAGUUUAUAGAAACAUCAGCUAAGCAAAGAAUCAAUGUUGAUGAGGCGUUCAGUAGCCUUGUCCGCGAGAUUAGAAGACAUAAUAAGGAGCAGCAAACGGGUCGCCCAGGUGCACCACCCAAUAUGCCAUCAGGACCCGGCGUGUACAGCUCCUCGAAGGGAGACCAGGAUGAUUCUGCUGGUUGCUGUGGAGGCUGUGUCGUCGUAUGA